AUGCCCGCCACCGCCGCAGGGGUAGGAGAAUCCGGCGCGUGCACCAGCUUUUGCGAGCUCGACGGCCGCGCCCAAGCAAACCUUCUCGCCUGGAUCUCAGAGCACCACGCUGGCUUCCACCCGACUAUUGUGCGCCUGGCAAAAGCGAGCAAGGACCUCUGUGCACACAGUCUGGCGCCGACACUCUCUGUGGACGCCACGCUGCCUCAGAACAGACUUCCCAAUAACGACACUGGUACGACUUUUCUGCCCGCGCAGGAUCAGUAUCCCGUUUGGUACUUCUUCUACGGCACCCUUGGAGAUUCCCACGUCUUGACGCGGCAUCUUGGUAUCGAACGAGGGCGAACUAAUCCCCGCGCACCUCGAGAAUGGCCAGCUCCGGACUUGGGGAGGGAAGUACAAGGCCCUCGUCGAUACGUGUAA